UCGAAUUGUAAUUAAUUAAAUAAUUAUUCGUAGUGAGAUAAAAUUAAAAACAAAAUAGAACAAAACAGAAAAUAACGUUGACAGUGUUUUCGAAAUGAUUAUGGUGCAGUGCAUGAAGGACGGCCAAACAACGACCUUAACUAGGAUCAAAGAAAAAAGGAAAAGGACACGAAAUGUUCAAGCAAAGUCUAACCCUUUGAACAAGGUUGGACGUUUAGACGAAGAUAGGCGAUGAAGAUGAGCAAAGUGGGCAAUCAGACGAAUUCGCAGGACCCACAGGCAGUGAAUUCCCGGGUGUUUGUCGGCAAUCUAAACACGUUUCAGUGCAGUAAGACCGAUGUGGAACGAAUGUUUCAACGUUACGGCCGUCUCGCCGGGAUUUCCAUGCACAAAGGAUACGCCUUCGUGCAAUUCACGAAUCCCUUUGACGCACGCAGCGCCUGUCUUGGCGAAGAUGGCCGUACCAUUCUCAGCCAGAUACUCGACGUUAAUAUGGUGGCAGAACCAAAACCUCAUCAAACCGGACGAAAACGUCAAAACGUUACCAAAACUGGAAACGAUUGGGACUAUUACUACGACAGUUACUACGCGUCUACCGCUUUUCCACCUCGUUUGGCACCACCCCUGAAGAGACCACGUUUAAUGCCACCUGCACGAUCCCAACAUCCGAAGCAACAGAAACAACAACCUAGCAACAAUACAGCCAUGGUACCGGACUUGAAUCAACUCAAAGUAUACAGUAAUCCAGAUAUACUUAUAUGCGGCAACUGCAGGGAAAUGUUUUCCGAUCUUGGGGAGCUGCUCGAACACAAGCGGAACUACUGCAAACUGCGGUUCACAUGUAAAUGUCACACCUUCAACGGAGCCGCCCCAAGAGACUCCACGACAGCCCUGCUCUGUGUCCUCUGCAAGGUUUCUUUCCCAACAGCAUGGGAACUAAUGGUUCAUGCUCAAGCUGCUCAUAUGAUAAACAUAUACGAACUUGGUACACGGCCACAGAGUCCAAGAUCAACGCAAAGUCCACCCCAUAGUCCACCACAUAGUCCCAGUCAACAUGUCAAGGAAUCAUCUUCACCUUCACCACCAGACUUUCAAGAGAUCAAAGCCACGGAUUGUGAGGAACGCGUUGAAGAGGAGGAUCUUGACGGGCAUGAACUAAUACCGUCCCCUGACAGUGGCAAGUCAACGGACAACGAGGGAGCUCUAUCUCCGAUCAAAAUACGAUCCGACGUUAAUGGCUUGGAUCACGAGGAUUGCGAUGAAUUGAUCCAGGUCGAGAACACAGCUCAGGCCUGCAUCAUGCACGCCCUUAGCAUCGACUCGUCGUUGGAACUCAACUCAGACGCGAACUCUAGGGGAAGUUCUGGCCCGGUCAUGGCGUUGACUAAUGGAUCCUUGUCCGCUAAGGAAUAAGUCAAGAAAGAAUUAACCACCAUAGGAAUAAUAUGGUCUUCCCUUUUACCCAGGGAUUCUCGAACCAACACGCAACCAACCCCAAAACCAACGAGACAUAUCGAUCUCCUUUUAAGGAUAUAUAUAUACAUGCAUACACACACUUUAACUGAGAAAGAGAGAGAGAGAGAGAGAGAGAGAGAGAGAGAGAGAAAAAAUCGCCAUGUAUAUAGCUUAAAUGCCUAACAAAUAAUUCAAGAAUCUCGUUCCAUGCCAUAUAAUACUACAAAACAAUUCGUCUAUCGUACAUU